AUGCAACAAUCGCUGGGUUGGUACAGAGGAUAUGCUACAAAAAACCGAUCUAUCAAGGGCAUUUUCCCAGCUUCUUACGUCCAUAUCAAACCAUACAAGUUGGAAAAUGAAAGCAACUGUGAACCCGUAGUAUCCGUGGAGGAUCCUGUGGUCCGGGAAGUCACAUUGGUUCUGCGAGAAUGGAAUACCAUAUGGAAAAAUUUAUAUGUUGUAAGAGAAGGCUACAAGUUCUCGACCCUGAGCAAGGUCAUGAGGGAGCUGAUAGAAUGGCGCAGGGAGCUGUGCGGAGGGACUUUGACCCAGGACCAGAUGAGAUCACUUGGCGUUGUCAUCACGGCCAAGAUCGAUUGGGGAAACAGGUUAGUUUAA